AACGCGAGUACACUGUGGCAAAGAAUUAUUCCGUCGUAUUGAAAGCAUUUUCAAUGCUUGAAAGAUGUUUUCAACGGCAUCAACCACCUCCUUUUGGUAGUUGAUCAUUUCUACAUUUCAUCUCCUAUUUUCAGGGCAUUUUGGAGCAAUUGCAUUAUGCAUAGUCAUGUAUUUAGAUUAUACGUAAUAUUUCACGUAAAUUGAAGUUUAUGGAAUUAGGUAACCAUCCGCUGGUAUCAAUUGUCAGUUUGUUGAAUGAGCUUUGUUUUGUCCCAGUGGCAUUUUUUCAUUGUUAAGUUCUGUAAUUUGGCGGUAAAAUGAACCAAUUAACAAUAUACUUGCAUGAAACCGCGGGAAUGAUAGUGGAUAUAUUUCCUGCCUAACUAGUGUCUUCAUUAUUGUUUGGUUGCCGUUGCUGUCUCCUCCCAUCGUUAUGAAAGCAUGUUGAUUGUCAAGUGACCGUUUAAAAUUAAGAUGGAUAUCAACGACUUUGAAAAAAUUGAAAAAGUUGGGGAAGGAACAUACGGUGUUGUUUAUAAAGCAAGAAAUAAAGAAAGCAAUGAAAUGGUCGCCUUGAAGAAAAUCCGACUUGACACUGAAUCAGAGGGUGUACCAAGCACAGCAAUAAGGGAAAUAUCAUUGUUGAAAGAAAUGAACCAUGCUAAUGUUGUCAGAUUGUUGGAUGUGAUUCAUGGUGAACAAAAACUUUUCUUGGUUUUCGAAUAUUUAAACCAAGAUCUUAAGAAAUACAUGGACACUGCACCACCCUCUGGAAUAUCAUUUCCACUUAUAAAGAGUUACAUCUACCAAGUUUUAUGUGGCAUUGCCUAUUGUCACUCACACAGAGUUUUACAUCGAGAUUUAAAACCUCAGAAUUUACUCGUUAGUCACGAUGGAGCAAUUAAACUUGCCGAUUUCGGUUUGGCUCGUGCUUUUGGCGUGCCAGUAAGGACAUACACGCAUGAAGUGGUCACGUUGUGGUAUCGUGCUCCAGAGAUUCUUUUAGGAUGCCGUUAUUAUUCAACUCCUGUGGAUAUCUGGAGCAUUGGGUGUAUUUUCUCUGAAUUGAUUACUCGACGAGCAUUGUUUCCAGGGGAUUCAGAGAUUGACCAGUUGUUCAGAGUGUUCAGAACUUUGGGUACGCCUAAUGAAACCACAUGGCCGGGUGUAACCAAUUUAUCAAAUUUCAAAUCUACAUUUCCAAAGUGGAAGGAGCAAGGCUUAAGUAAAGUUUUUCCAACACUUUCACACGAUGCCAUCGAUUUACUGAAGAAAAUGUUGACAUAUGAACCAAAGUCAAGAAUUUCAGCCAAAAUGGCGAUGGCGCAUCCACUGUUCAACGAUGUUGCUAUUCAAAGUCCGUCGUAAAAAGAAAUUUAUUACUUAAAGGCACAUACAGUUUGUUACUAUUUAAAAGUACAUGAUUCACCAUUUUAAGGACAUCUUUCCUUACGUAAAUUGUUUCCUCUUAUGUUUCAGCUUCUACAGAUUUUCUCUAUAUUUAUUAAUUGCUAUAUAGAAAAUCGAAAUAAUUACUGAUCGUAUAAAA